GGAGCCGCCGCCUCCCCGCCCGCCGCCAUUUUGGCUGGUCCGCGUCGCUUCCGCCGCUGGAAGUAAACAGAGAGCGAGGCCGGGAAGGAACGAAGCAGCGACGCGGGUGGGACGGGACGGACCGGACGGCCGGGAGAAGGAGGAGGUGGCGGCGCUGGGGUCGGCUUUGGCGGAGAGAGCUGAUGUGGCCGGAGCGGAGGCGCCAGCGCGGCCCGAGCCCCGGUUAAUGCGAAGCGCAGCAGGGAGCCGCCAGAAUGAAACGAGGAAGGAAAACUAAUGAGGCCAACAGCAGUUCGUCUGAAGACACAACUGAGAAGGAAUCCAAGAGACACAAGGUUGUAGAGAAGAAAACCACAGUUGUGCAGAGUCCUGACUGGGCAAAUCUGCUCCAAGACAUUAUCCUGCAGGUAUUCCAGUACUUGCCGCUUCUGGAUCGUGCUCAUGCAUCCCAGGUCUGCAGGAGCUGGAACCAAGUGUUUCAUAUGCCUGAUCUCUGGAGGUGCUUUGAGUUUGAACUGAACCAACCAGCCACAUCGAACCUGAGAACUACACACCCCGAACUAAUCAAGCAAAUAAUAAAGAGGCAUUCCAAUCACCUGCAGUAUGUUAGCUUCAAGGUGGACAGUAGCAAGGAAUCUGCAGAAGCAGCUUGUGAUAUUUUAUCACAGCUUGUGAAUUGCUCUCUGAAAACACUUGGGCUAAUUUCAACUGCCCGGCCAAGCUUCAUGGAUUUACCAAAGUCUCAUUUUAUUUCUGCACUGACAGUGGUGUUUGUGAACUCCAAAUCCCUCUCUUCACUUAAGAUUGAUGACACACCAGUAGAUGAUCCAUCUCUCAAGGUUCUGGUGGCUAACAACAGCGACACGCUCAAACUGUUGAAAAUGAGCAGUUGUCCUCAUGUUUCUCCAGCUGGUAUCCUUUGUGUGGCUGACCAGUGCCACGGCUUGCGUGAGCUGGCGCUGAACUACCACCUGCUGAGUGAUGAGCUGCUGCUUGCUUUGUCUUCUGAGAAACACGUCAGGUUAGAACACUUGCGCAUUGAUGUUGUCAGUGAGAAUCCUGGACAGACUCAGUUCCACACGAUUCAGAAGAGCAGCUGGGACGCUUUCAUCAAGCAUUCUCCUAAAGUAAACCUAGUCAUGUACUUUUUCUUGUAUGAGGAGGAGUUUGACCUGUUCUUUCGUUACGAGAUACCUGUCACUCACCUUUACUUCGGAAGGUCGGUCAGCAAGGACGUGCUCGGCCGCGUUGGGAUGACGUGCCCGCGGUUGGUUGAACUGGUGGUGUGUGCCAAUGGAUUACGGCCUCUGGACGAGGAGCUGAUCUGCAUCGCGGAGCGGUGCAAGUACCUGUCGGCCGUGGGCCUCGGAGAAUGUGAAGUCUCUUGCAGUGCCUUCGUUGAGUUUGUGAAGAUGUGUGGCGGUCGCCUCUCUCAGCUCUCUAUUAUGGAAGAAGUUCUGAUUCCUGAUCAGAAAUACAGCUUAGAGCAGAUUCAUUGGGAAGUUUCAAAGCAUCUUGGUAGAGUCUGGUUCCCAGACAUGAUGCCCACUUGGUAAAGUCCUUAAAAGACUCCAGGGCGAAUGGAGUAGCACCUUAAAUGCAAGCUUAUCAUAUUGCAAUUUCCUGUAUAAGCUUAUUUAAUAAUAUAAAUUUUACUGCAAGUCAAUUAAUGGUUUGAUUAGAAAAUUGGUUGUUCUUUCAAAAAAUAUUUUGGAACUUAGGAACCACCAAUAGAGUUCCCAGUUCCAAAACCUGUUUUUAUCCAAGCAAAAUUCAGGUUUCUGUUUUAGAUUUCUUCUUUGUCAUUAAAAGUGACCUCAGACAUUUUUGGAAAUAAAAAUUAUUUAAAAUAUUGAAAUGUGUUUGCAAAAUACCAGUUUUAAUAUGCUCAUUUUCCUUGAAUUAGAUUAGUAGUAUUGGACACAAUCAUAUUUGAUCUUAAAAAGCCAAACAAAACCCCCCCAAAAUUGCAUGCUUUUGUUGCAGACUGUAGCAUAUCUAAAUCCAGUCACCCCAAUGACAAUUAUAAGAAGUGUUUAGUUGCCUGGGAAGUACAAACAUUCUGUUAAGUCAUAAAGGCAAGAGCAAUACACAAUAAUAAGUUCAGACAACUAAAGCAGUAAGUUUUACCACCUUAUUCAACAGAUUAUUAGAUCCAUCUAAAAUGUAUUUAGAGUGUUAAUCAGUAGCAUGAGCUACCAAAAGUGAUGUGGGGUUUUUUCCUACCCUCUAUGCAUUUUAAUGUAGUUUGCUUAUGGGGUCUCUGAUCUGCGUCUAAACCUGUUUUAAGGUAUUUUAUGUCUAGCUCAGGAAGCGAAAGCAUUCUUGGGAGAAAUGUAGAUACAUUGUAUUUAAAACCACACUGGAGGUAAUGAGCUUUUGUUGCACAUUAACCGGUUUGGCAGCAUAGGGUGAGGAAUAAUGUAUGGUUUGUGAAAUGAACCCAGCAAUGUUAUUCUGACGUGGGUGAGAGUAGUGUGAGGUGAGAAAGGUAAAAUUUGAAUCUUGACCAAGGACCUUUUCACAAAACCUUAGACUUUUUGGCUGCUUUCAGUUUUACAGAAAUGACAUUGGAACAGUUGCUUAAGCUGUAUAAACUAACUGUAUACUGUAAAUCUGUUUCAGAAAUGUUUAUGUAUAAAGUGAAUGUUUGAUAGAUAAUAAUUUUUGUAUACCUUUAAUUCAGCUAGUUCUGUCAUUUCAUAAUAUUUAACAACCCAAAAGGAGUAGAUUUGGUGAAGUAGAGCAAUAGGCAAAAAUUUGUUUUGAACAUUUGAUAAAUCAGUUUUAUUAAAGGAAGUUUUUAGUUCGUAAGUAUUGUAGGCAAGACACUGCCUGUAAUCUGGAUGUGGCUUGUGACUUCAUUUCUUACUGCCAACAGUUAUUUUCUCCUUGAGGUUACGGUUGGUAACACUGAAGUGUUGCCCAGACAGCUGCAUGUUUGAGAGAUGUGGUCAGCCCUCAGCAAGGCAGAGCUGCCCCUGUGGGUUGAGCUUAGCUGGUGGCUGCUUCUCACUUGAGCUGUACAGCCCCUUCUGGUAGUAAGUAGAUGUCCUUCAUCUCUGAUUUCAGUCAUGUUUAUCCAAGUGCAUAAUUUAGUGUAAUACACUUAUGAGUGUAUUUAAGUUCACACUAUAUUUUGAGCAAACAAUGCUCAGCGGACUGGACAUCUUUAUAGGGAAGUUGUAUGUUUCUGUAGAGCUUUGAUUUAAAAAUUGCAUUUUAUGAAAUAUGCGGUUUUUGUAUUAGAAUUUGUUAAAUUAAUGUAAUACUAUAAUUUGCUUUUAUUUGUACAAAAGGUGUCAAUAUAUUUAGUCCGUGAAAGUAAAAAAGCUCUGUGUCUUUUAUAACCCGACUCUCAGAACUGCCUGUAUGAGAAAGGUGGAGUGACACUUCUAGUCUGGGGAACAGGAUUUAGUUUUCGCUAAAUUAAUGUGAAAUACCAUUAAUAACGGAGCCAAAACCUCUUUGGACCUUGGCUGUAGGUGUCCCACUGCUGGCAAGAUAAGUCACCAAAAUGCUGGUAGUGGGAAUAACAGAAAGGCAAGGCAGAACCUCAAUUCCAGAUCCCACUCCUGGAAUUCACACCUUUGAGACCCAGUGUUCUGCUGCUCACAGAGAGGCCUCUGUCAGACCCCGGUGUGAGGAGCGUGUUAGGAACUGAAGGUGGCAGGGUUGGUUGCAGCAGAACUACCUUCCCAGCAGGAUAACUGGCUGGCCCUGCAAAGGCUGUGUUAUUGCACUGACUUGAAAAACUCCUUCUGAAUGCAACACAUUAUACCGGUUAUCAAGAUGUUCAGCACAAGAAAGCUGCUUAAAAGCAGUUGUCUCUCUUUUCCAGUGGAGGUCAGCAGUUUUUAUACAUUGAAUCAAUUACUGCAUCCUUUGUUCAGAGAAUCCAGCUAUAACAUAAACUUGCCAGGCAAGCCUACAGUGCUUUUUUAGCAAAUUCUGUAUGUCUUAUUUUGCCUUCUACACGUUGAAACAAAUGAAUAGUAAAUACCUAAAAAUCAUGGCACAAGUAGUGAAGACUCACGAAGUUCACUAGAAACAUGAACAUGAGUGUUAUAGAUGUAUCAUUUUUCCCCUGAGUUCACCUUUAUUUGUUAUUUUCAGAAUAACAAAACUCAGUGUUGGCUCAGUUGUCCAGUUUUGGGUAGGAGUUAAUGUGUGCAGUGACAAAUCUCACCUCUGAAUCCAAGUGGUUACAAGUUAGGAUAUUGAAGGCAGCAGCUCUCCUAGUCCAGGACACCUGUGGGUGGGUUUAUGAGGGGGAAGGCAGAGACCAUUGGUAUCAAUGAUUUUCAUUGCACAGCCCUUUGGGAAUCAGGAGCAGCACUCUCCAUUUGACCUGGACAGAUGAUGAGCCAGGAUCUGCUUUGCUGGAGAACCCUCCUGGAGUGAAGUGUGGCUUACAACCCUGAGCAGCCCAUGGGUGUAGCAAUGCAGCAGUUUUGCACAAGACCACUGUGCAGACUCAGAAAUUCUAGUACAGAAUUGACUGUGUAUUUUUGCCCUCAAGUGCAAUGUGCAUAAGAGCAGAACCAAUACUCUCUAAAGUGGUGAACAAGCCCUGUAUUCAAAGUGUGAGUAAAGACUGAGUGACACUGACACAAUGCCAGGCUUAUCCUUGAGCAGUUUGGACAGACCCCUGGUUCCCACUGUUGGGCAAGUGCUAAUUACCACCUGGCUGUGAGUGAAAUGAAGUGAGAUCCUACCUGUUUCUGCUCCCUGUGUGGCUUUCAGGAGGCCAUCCUUAAGUGUUUGAGGUGAAUAGGUGGUUUUCAGUCACAAACAGACCAUCAGGUGCACAGAAGCUGUUUGUGACUGGUUUUUUUAAGUUAUAAGCUGUUUAUUUUAAGUUAUAAAAGUGUCAUUUUUAUGGAUCUAUUCUAGGCUUGUCUAAGCUUUGCAGAAUUAGCCUAUUCAUCACCUCUGGUUUUUUUGGAUCUAACUGUAGGCCUAACUCAAGAAUUGUGGAUUCUGCCUACACGAGAGCACUGCACUCAACAACUUCAACUCAUUCCAGUGCAGUGACUCCAGUUCAACUGCAACAACAGCACCUCUUUCAGGGCUGGAGUUUGUACUGGUGGAGUUUAUUCCCACGCAGCUGUGCAUUCAGUCUGAACAAUUAAUUAACACAUAAACCCUCUCCAGUUGAGAAGCAAAGAAAAGUGAAAGCUCUCUCUCCAACCCCUGUGCCCAGAAGGAAUGAACACUGGGCUCAGAAGGAGCUCAUGUUUGUUACAUAAAGGACAACUCCUACAUUGACAAUUGGUACCUUUAAACUGACGAUAGUGUUCAAAGUGUGAAACACACAUGUGGCUGCAUGGAGGAAUCCCCUCAUCAUUGACACUGUGAUCUGUGGGCUUGGUUCUGUGAUCUCAUUUUCCCUUCAGAGCUUUGAAAGCUGGGUUGUGAGGUUGAGGCUUUUUCCUGGGAAGACAAAUGUGGGUUUAACAACACUGAGAGUUUCAAAGUCAUAAAAACACACAUUAAUGAGAAUGUGACUUCUGUAGACAGGCUUGCUACCAGCCCCUUUGAUUUCCCUAGAGCCUCCUGGAUUACCUUCCUGGUGGUGCUGUGUGGUCCUUGGUUGCUGGCUGGGGUGGAACCAUGACAGUAUCUUAAUCCAAAUCUGAGCUCAGUCACAGAGGCCUGUGACUUUGGCUAAAAAGACUCAAGUCUUUGAUGCAAAAGAUUAAGUUUCACCUAACAGUGAAAGUAGCAGCUUGAAGAAAGGUGUGCUCAUCCCCCUCAUUCCUCUUCCAUUACCUCUCCCAUUCAUCCCAUUACAUGAUAAU